CAGCGAGGCCUGCGAGCCCGGCGGUCCGAAGCAUGCGGCGGACGCGGAGCGGCGCGGGCACCCGGGCGCGCGGGCAGAAGCGGCCCGAGCCCGCCGCGGCCCCCGCCGUGCCCGCCGCGGCGUCAGCCCCGGGAGGUGGCUCGCGGCGCUCCACGGGCCCGGCCGCCAGCCAGGCCGCCAGCCGGAGCCGCGCGAAGCCGCGGCCGAGCCCGCCGGAGCCUGCCCCGGGGGAGCCGCAGCGGGAGCGGGAGCCGGAGCCCGCGACCCCGACGUCCUCGGGGCCGGCGCCCGCGCCGCCGGAGCUGGGCGCGCAGCGGGAGCGCUGGGAGGCGUUCCAGAAGCGGCAGAGGCUCAGCUUCGAGGCCGCCGCCAAGCUGCUGCUGGACACCUAUGAAUACCAAGGCCUUGUGAAACACACUGGAGGCUGCCACUGUGGAGCAGUUCGCUUUGAAGUUUGGGCUUCAGCUGACUUGCACAUCUUUGACUGCAACUGCAGUAUUUGCAAGAAGAAGCAGAAUAGACACUUCAUUGUUCCAGCUUCUCGCUUCAAACUCUUGAAGGGAGCUGAGAGCUUAACCACAUACACGUUCAACACACACAAAGCACAGCACACCUUCUGUAAGAAAUGUGGUGUUCAGAGCUUUUAUACACCUCGCUCAAACCCUGGAGGCUUCGGAAUUGCGCCACAUUGCCUGGAUGAUGGCACCGUGCGGAGUGUGUCCAUUGAGGAAUUCAAUGGCAGCAAUUGGGAAAAGGCCAUGAAAGAGCAUAAGACCAUUAAGAACAUGUCUAAAGAGUGAGCCCUGCUUCUCUCGUUCCUGAAAAAGAAGAAUUGGGGUCACCACUUGGCUAUCCCUGAUGCACCUCAGCGAGUCUCCUGAAUGUGAUCAACUUGGGCUGCCAGUUCUCCAGCCAGCAGACAUCUUAUUUUGCUCAGCUACACUUUCUGUAGGCAGCUCUUUGGCCUUCCUUUACCCAAAAUUUGAUGUAGGCUAGUUGACCUUUCUACCCAUUUUUUGUGUGAUCUUUUAGAAAAAUAAACAUUUUUAACAUCAAAGAA